CACUCUUUUAUCCAGCCAAGUUGAAGACUGCAUCCUGCAUCCUUGCUUUAUCCAGCGACGAUUGGUCAUCCAAGACAUCGAGCAACCGGUAGCAACGUAGCAACGUCACAAAACUCAGAAAGCAAGAAAGCAAACGACCGAGCGACCUUGUUUUCUUGUUUUAUCUGCCAGUUCGGCUUCUCAGACAUCUUGACAUCUUCCUUCCCCUCAUAAUUUCCAAUCCUUCCAAGCUCCAAGAGUAAAAAAACACUCACUUUCAACAGUUCUCACAAUCCAACGAACCAACUCAUCAUCAUGUCUACCAUCGCUCGCAAGGUACACUUCGGAAAAUGCUCUAUCCGUUCAAUCGAUUGUGAUAUUACGGAUAGGGAGAAAUUUGGGCUAUGGUACACCGCCUGUGAACUCAGCAUUAUCAAGACUAAUGCCCACCGCGUCGCUAGAUCUCACUUGGAUUUUGGCAAGCCAGCGGGGAAGAACGAGAGUGUUCGUGGCCUAGAGAGGCUCCUCGUUGCCGUUGACCGAGAAAAGAUGAUCAAGCGCAAACGCAACAUUCUCCUUUCGACAAUUGAGCUGCAGCGUCUCACAGAUGCCUCUGACGCAAAGUCCAUGCAUAUCAAGAACACCCUUGGUACCUACGUUCGCAAGCACAACAAGCUGGCAACAAAGAGGUCAGACAGCCGUGCCCACGAAGACUUCCUUGCAGCCACAGAUAUCUACAAUGAAAUGUUCCCUGUUCAGACCAGAAAACAAACCUCCGACUAUUCCAGUCUUCACCGCGGCCCCGCACCUCUCUUCAAGAAGCAAUCUUUGGUAGCUAUCUCCGCCUAAGAUUUUUCUGCUGGCCUCCUCCCUCUGUACAAUUAUUGAACAUAAAUUUUUAGACACUCCUGCCGGUAGACCCGACUACUGGAGUACAUGAAUACAAGAGCUAUAAGCUAGGUGCA